UUAAAACAAAUGAUGUAGCACAAAAAGAACUUGAAAUAGUAAACUAAACUGUGACAGUUUAGAUCAAAAACAUGAGAAAUUACUUUUUAUUUGCACUUAUGCUUGCAUUUAUGCUUAAUUACCUUUAUUCAUUUGGGAACAUGUAGGAAAUGAUGUGGUGGUAACUUGCUGGGUGGUGACUAGGACAGUAUUUACUGUCCUAGGGAUGGUGAGAUCCAGUGCACCAGAAUUGUCAGCACCUCACCAUGUUCCCUGCUGUCCUUUCUCUCUGUGACUAAGAUUCCUGAGAGAGGAAAGGAAGGGGAGGGGAGGGGAGGGGAGGGGAGGAGGGGGAAAAGAGGGGAGGGGAGGGGAAGGAAACAGGAGGGAGGAAACAGAGCAACUCACCAUUGCACCUCCCAUGCUGGUCAGAAAAUCUAUUUAUGGUGGGCCUACUGUGUGUUGCUUGGAGACUGCAUGACAUGUUCAUACCUGCCCUCAAGAUGCCAUCAAUAGGGGAGCCAGAUAAGUUAGCAAUAAUUAGCAUGCAUGAGCUGCUAUUCUCUGCUUUAGAGGCUGCUCCUCUUACUUGGUAUCUACUUGUAAGGAAAAUGAUCCAUCUCUAAAGAUUUCUAUUUACUGAAAGAAAACAGAACAUGAUGGACUGUUCUGGUACACAGCUUCUUUUAAGUUAUGGAAAGAUGUUCAUGAUAGACUGUGUUCAGUGAAAAAAUGGUAUGCCAUGCAUGCUCGAAGUUGUGAAAAAUAUACACUUUAGGAAAGGGUUAUAUCAAAAUGUCACAGUGUUUGGUUGUCUCUGAGUGAUGAUGAGUCUUAAUGAUACAGGAAGUAGAAUAAAAUUAUUUGAUGGAUAGUGAGCAUAAAAGAAUACUUGGCAGAGCUUCCCUUUAGCAAGAGAGCCAAAUAAAUUUUUUUCUUACUAACAAAGAUCGGCCUGAAAAAUGGAGCUGUAAACAUAGAUAAGCAGGCUGAAAGCUUGGAAGGGUGAAUGCUGGCAGCUGUGCCAAUAGAAAAGGGCUGUGAGCCAGGCAUGUCCAACAUGGAGGUUCCAUUUUUGUUGUUGUUGUUGUUACUACAUGUACAGUAAAGAAAUAGGCAAUAUGGUGCAGCUCAGGAAGAAGACCUGCUUACAUAAUAUAAGAUUAGGGUGGGAGUGGACACAAAUUUUCACCCUAUGCAAAUUUUCCAUUAUCCAUGUAAAUGACAUAUCUCUAACCAAUUUUUCAUGCUCGAUGCAAAUGACAUACCUGGUCCAACCAAUCUUUCACGCCCUAUGUAAAUCAAACACCGCCCCCCUCAUCAGGCAUCUAUAAAAUCCCCUGCAUUUCACUGUGGAUCCUGCAGCCCAUUUGGGACCUCUCUCUCUGCAGCGGAGGGAGCUUGUCUCUUUCUUCCACCUAUUAGACUUCUGCUCUUAACCUCACUCUUGUGUGUCCAUAUCCUAGUUUUUUAUGGCCAUUAGACAACAAAUCUCAGGUAUCACCCCAGAAGAACAAGGUUGCUUCAUUAGGUUCCUGGAAAAUGACACUGAACCCCUGUCCUGGGGAAGACAGAGAGGAUGGCCAUCCAAGGUCAUGGAUUCAUUCCUAGCUUCUCUUCUAUUUACCAUAAAAACAAGACUAGCUGAUAUUACUGAGCACUAUGAGCCAAGCAUGGUUGCUAAGCAAAUUACAUAAUAACUCAUUUAAUUCUCCCUUAGCAACUCCGGUAGGCCUAGCUGAUUCCAGUGCUUGUUUUCCAUUGUUUCUCCAAGUGUGGCAGCAUUUAGGAGAAUUGUUUUCUUUCUUUUUAGGUUUGAAUACUGUUUUUUAUCUAUGAAAGAGGAUACUCUGAUUUCUCCUAAAUGAUUGAUACAUUUAAACAUUGUUGCAAUAUCCAGUUAUUUCUUUUCACUGGAAGGAAAGGAGGCAUGCAGUUUUAUUUCUGUCAGCAUGCUCAGGGCCACAAAGGUGUGGACACCUAGGAGCCAGGGUCAUUUUCUGAGGACAAUGAGAGUCAUCGAAAGGCACAAGCAGGUGAGGGACAGAUUGGGGUGCUGGUUUGAAAGCGCAACAUGGAGCUUCCUAAGGUGCAGGCAGCUUGGAGGCAGAGAGGCAAGUGAGAGGCAGGAGUAGCAGCCCAGGCUGUCACCGAGGAGGGGACAAUGUAGCAAAAAUGGAGAAAUGCACAUGGGUCUGAAAGGUUUAGAUAAAUGUGGAUUUCAGCACCUCCUCUCCCACACCCCACUUAUCAGCUGUGAACCUGGGACAAGGCACUCCUUUCUGUGUCUUUAUGACUUAGCUGAGGUGACCACUAAAUAGGAAAAGUGUCUGACUGGUGACACAUAAUAAGUAGCUGCAAGUGGUAGCUUUCUUCCCUAUUCACUUGAAGCAGAAAUUGGUGACCAGUUUUUCCCUCUGAGUUGUCCAGCUGGCACCAGAGAAAUUCUGAGGCUGCUUAUUCAGACAGGACCACCAUGCCUGGGCAGCAUGGCAAAUCUGAUCCUUGGACCAGUUUGGAAAAGGUUGGGAAGGAGACAGAGUCAGAAAAACUGGGCCAGAUGCCUGUAUUCCAAUUUAUACCCAGGCCUAGGCCCCUCUGGUUCUGGCUGUGCUGUGCCUGUCUGGGUCCUGAGCCAAGUCAUACUUGGUCCUUACCCCUGGAAGGUCACCAUAGACCAAGGAAAACUCACCAAUACAGCCACUGGGUAAUGCCAGAGAAUACGCAAGCCAUCUUCUCAUGCCGAGGCCUUAUUAAACCCCAGUGGCUACCCUGGGAGAGAGGUGCCAUUGUCUCCAUUUUAAAGAUAAGGAAACUGCAGCUUACAGAGAGAUAUGGCCAGAGUUGUCCAGCCUGGGAGUGGCUGAGGCAGAACUGAAGUCAUAACUUGCCCAGCUGCAAGGCUUGAGUUUUCAGCCUUGCUCAGAAGACAUCAUCCUGCCCAGGUCUGGAUGCAACCUCACCCACCUGUGACUCAUUUCUGGGACAACCGGAAGGAACAGGAGGUUCUAUUUUGAGCAAGGGGGAGCCCAUGCCAAGCACAGCUACCCGCCCCUGCAGAAAUGAGUGGGGCUGAAAGCUUCAUGGUUUCCAGCUUUUCAUAUCUACCCUGAGCCAACAAAGGCUUGUGGCUGUUGGCACACAGGUAAAUUGUCCAACCUCCAGAUGGAGCAGAGCAAUGGUGAAGGAAGCUUGCUGGUUCUUGUCUCAGCUCAGCCACUUCUGAGCUCUGUAGUCUUGCACCAGCCUUUGCCCCAUCACUGAGACUGUUUUCUGCCUUACAAUGGGGACACUGAUACAAAGCACACACACAAUGUGGAUGAAAAGAGAUAACGGGUAAAAUGACCUCACCUGCCAGGGAGUCCACGCUCAGAGAACUCUCAUGCUCUUGGGUGGAAUAUUUCCUCAGAGAAAUAGAGCUUGGAGGUCAGGGACAUGGGCCCUGCCACUGACCUGCUCUGUGACUCUGAGACAGUGGCUUCCUCUCUCUGAGUUCGGAUCCACACUGGGCAGGCUGCUCUGAUCUCCUGUGUCCCUAUGAUGGGAAGGGAGUUGGUCCUCCCCAGCUUGUCAGGGAACCGUUGGCCAUGGCUGAGGGCAAUCUGGCCCCAGUGCCCUGGCUUAUUGGAACAGCAGUAAAAGGCAAACACAAAACCCAGACCGCAGGUGACCAGGGAACCUGCUCUCCUUGAGUCACAAGGAUAUGUUGUGAUUGAACCUGUGACUCUGUCCACAUGCUGCUCCUCUGCAGGGAUGCUGCUGUUCACUCCUACUCUACUGAGACAGGCAGAUAUCCUCGCAUGGGAGAAUUCUCUCUCUUUCUCUCUCUCUCUCUCUCUCUCUCUCUCUCUCUCUCUCUCUCUCACACACACACACACACACACACACACACACACACCCCUAACCUACUUCCUCCAGGCUCGUAAACCACCUGUCCACAAAAGCUGCCUUCAGCAGCCCCUUAGCCUGUGAGCUGCCCUCAUCCCCCUCACAGCCCUGAGUGAGGGUGCGCAGCCUCCUUGGGCAAGAGGAUGGAGGCUCUGGGAGACUGCGUCGCACAUCUCCAGUCCCCAGAGCGGGACCUCUCACCUGUUGGGGCAGUGACCCGGGUCUGAAGCACCUCAGUGCUGCUCAUGAUUGCAGAGGAUGUCCUCACCAGAUAGGGGGUCCUGGAGGGCCUGGGGAUUGGUUUCUGACUGCCAGCAAAAGAAGCCGACAUCGAGGCAGCAGGCGACAAACACGGAGGCAACUGACUUACCCGACUUUAACCCUCAGGUUUUUUAAAUAAAAUGCAAAUGUAGGGGCUUGGGCUCAGGACUCCUGGAGCCCCGUGGGGCUGAGCGUGGAUGGUGUUCGGUGUCCGGCUUCACUCCCAAACCGCACCUGGAGCGUUUGCCGGGCGGAGGGGCCCCAGGGGGACGGUUCCCGAACAAACCCAGGCGGCUUCGGUCAGCAGCAGCCCUGCUGCUUUUCCACAGCGCGGGGACCCCCAUCCCCGCCAGCCCCAUCGCACUGUCCCUCUCAGGUCAGAGGAGCCCGUGGAGGACUGCGUGGCAUCAGGACCUGCCAGGAGCCAGGGCGACCUAGAAGAAUCCGGGAACCUGGCGUCCAGCGAGGACGCAGCCCCCGGAGAGGAGAGGCCACCCCAGCAGGAGGGCUGCCGCCUCCAGCAGGUGAGCUCAGCCCGGGCGUCCCCUCCGCAACAAGGCCCGGAUCCCUGCCUGGCUCCUGGAGCCCGGACUGUGCCUUCCGCAAAAGGGCUGCGCUCCAGAAAGUGGCCCCCACCGUGCCCUUCCCGGCAGCAUGGAGUCGACAGUGGCAGCGUUUCUAUCCCGCUCUGCGGGGCUGGGUGUGAAGGGGACUGUCCCAUCCCGCUCCGGGAGCGCACCUUUCUCUCCGCAGACUUUGCUGAAGAGGCGGCCCCCUGGUCAGGGGCAGAAAACAGAUCCAGGCCGCCCCAAUCCUGCUGGGUGGUGGAGAAAGAGGGCGGGCAGGUGCUAAGUGCUACUGUGAAACUAAAAAUCAUCAUAAUGAAGAGAGAAUGGGUUUCGUAUCUCUUAAUUCUCACCAUCAAUAGGGUAUUCAUGGGCCCAUUUGACAGAGGAGGAAGCCAUCUGGAGAAGUUCCCUUCCUUGAGAGCCAGGCCGUUCCCUGUCCAGCCCCGUGUCACCUGCUUCCCUUACAGCUCGCCCUCUCCCCCUCUCAUCUUCAUAACACGCUUGCCCAUGGGGGCAGGGAUUUGUGCUCACAGGUGUUGAGCAGCCUGUGCGAGGCCACAGAGCUCACGGGAGGAAGGACCCCCAUAGUGACAGGGACAGCUGAGGAGGGAGCGCCCUCCUCUGGCUGGAGGGUGGGGUAGCAGCAGCUGCCAGGCUUCAGGGAAUGGGGUGAAAUGAGGGCCGUAGGGGCUCCCCAGGUGGAAGCACAGGUCUGGCAGAGGUUCCCAGGUGUCAGGAGUUUGAGUGAGCGUCAGGGAGGUGUGUGAGGAAGGUGGAGAUAGGUCCCACUCGGGCAGGUCCUGCCUGAGUGCCAGCAUUGGGGCUGGAACUUAACAGGGAUGGGGGAAUUUUCUGCCUGCCCUGGGGCUGGGGUUAUGCCCUCAUGGCAGGUAGUGCUUCCUGCUUCCCCCACCAGGAUGCAAGUUCUGGAGUCGCACACAGUGAGGAACCAGUGACCCACCCGACCACCCCUCUGAAAUGGGUCAAGGGGAACCCUGGGGCAGGACACCCUGCUGAGAGUCAGAGCCCUGAACUAUCAAGAAAAAAAAAAGAAGAAGAAGAAGCAGGCACGGUGGCUCAUGCUU